AGCGCUAUCGCAACGCUCUCAUUACCAUCUGUGCAUGCACGAGCUGAUUCAUAUUACAAUGUGUAGCGCGUAAUUCAUGAUAAAAUUCAUAAACGUGUUCGGCAUCCAACAUCCGAAUGACUGAGAUGAAUGACUGAGUCGGCCAGUUGUGUCUUGGUAACGCUGCUCUGUGGUGUGUACUGUGGCUUUAAAGGCCGCUCCUCCCCCUCUGCUUUCCUGUGCUCUGGAGGUGCUGAAACGUCGCCUUUCUCGUCUCAGAGCAAGCAGCCAUGGCUGAAAUAAAGACGGGCAUAUUUGCCAAAAACGUCCAGAAAAGGCUCAGUCGGGCGCAAGAGAAGGUUCUGCAGAAGUUGGGAAAGGCAGAUGAGACGAAAGAUGAACAGUUUGAGCAGUGUGUGCAAAACUUCAAAAGACAGGAGUCUGAGGGCUCUAGGCUACAGAGGGAGAUGAAGGCUUACAUAGCAGCUGUGAAAGGGAUGCAGCAGGCUUCUAUGAAUUUGACAGAGUCGUUACAUGAAGUCUAUGAGCCUGACUGGCACGGCAAGGAUGAUGUCAUGACCAUUGGAAAGAACUGUGACGCUCUGUGGGAGGACUUCCAUCAGAAGCUAGUUGACUCCACACUCGACACACUGGAAGCAUAUUUGACACAGUUCCCAGAUCUCAAGAUGCGUGUAGCGAAGAGAAGCAGGAAGUUAAUUGACUAUGACAGUGCAAGGCACCAUUUUGAGACCCUGCAGACUUCAACCAUGAGGAAUGAGAAAAAGAUAGCAAAAGCAGAGGAAGACUUGAAAAAGGCACAAAGGGUUUUUGAUGAUCUUAAUGUUGGCCUACAGGAUGAGCUGCCCACGCUCUGGGACAGGCGGGUGGGGUUCUAUGUGAGCACCUUCAAGAACGUCUCCAGCCUGGAAGCCCGAUUCCACAGAGAGAUCUCUUUUCUCUGCCACAAGCUGUAUGAAGUGAUGAAUAAGCUCGCUGAGCAGCACUCUGACAAAAUGUUCACGAUUCAAGGAGCACCCAGUUACAGAGUGAAACGUGACUCCGGACCACUCCGAUUAGCCAGGACCCCCACCCCUCCUGAUGAUGAAAGCCCAGACAGCAGCCCAGCUGCCAGCCCCAACCACACACUGAGGCCCAUCUCCCCAGGCCCUCCUCGACCCAAAUCCCCUACACAGUUCAAGAUGGGACCUCCAAAACCUCCUCCUCCAAAAGCUACUCCAACUAGGGAGCUGCAACAAGAGCAGAUAAUAGACCUGUUCGAUGGAGGCUUUCCAGAAAUCAGUGUUUCCUCACCACAGGUUAAUCCAAACGAGAAACCCGGAGAAUCUCUCCUGGACUUAGAUUUUGAUCCGUUUAAGCCUGAUGCCAAUACACCUAUCGGGCAGACCCAGUCACCCAUAUCUCAGACACUACCUUGGGAUCUUUGGGCGGGAAAUGCAGAACCUGCGCAGCCUGUAAGUAAUGACCGUCAAGAGUGUCCGGGUAGAAAACCAUUUUUAAAUGCUACCGAUGCUGGCUUCACUGCCAGUUGGGCCGCGGACUUUAGCUCUCCAUCGGCUUUGGGUGCAGAGGAAUCUGGAAAUAUUCAGCCUGCAGUGGACGGGCAGGGCUGGCCACCCGCUGAGGGCUGGCCCACAGAGGCAGUACCACAGCCUCAGGGAGAGGCAGCCACAGAUGAGGUGUCCAGCAAGACUUUUAAUGGAUUUUCUAAGGAUGCAACAGUCCCAACAUUUGCCACCGAAUUUGAUAAAAUGUCUGAGGCUCAGGCCCCAGAGGGUGAUGUAACUGAAGGAGAAGGUGAAGCAGUCCCAUCUUCAGUACCUGAGAGUGUUGAGAGCCCAGUCACUACUCCCCCUACAGACACCCAACCAGAGGAGACCACUGCCUCAAGCCCCCCUACAGAGGCAGCCUCUCUCCCAACUGAGGAUAUGGAAAAGGAGCAACCCAACCAAGAAGCACCGGAAUCUUCUCCAGUUCUAGAAGCAGAGGAGUCACCUGCAGAGGCGACUCUGGCUACUGCAGAAGAUAAAGAGUCUCCCAUUGAAGAGACUCCGACUGUAGAUGCCAAACCAGAGGAAGAGGCCAGUUCAACAGAAGCCAAACCAGGAGAUCCUGACAAUAUUGAGCCCAAACCAGGAGAUGAACCAGAUCAUGUUGAGCCCAAACCAAGAGAUGAACCAGAUAAUGUUGAGCCCAAACCAUCAGAUGAACCAGAUAAUGUUGAAUCCAUACCAGGAGAUGUUCCUGAUAAUGUUGAACCCCAACCAGGGGAUGAAACCAGUAAGGAGGGGGCCUCAAAGAAUGGGAAAGAGGAGGAGAAGAUGCCUAUUCCUUCUGUUGUCAUUGAGCCUGCCUCUAGUAACGAGGGUGACGAUGACCGUGAUUGUGAUAUCAUAUCUCCAUCAGCAACCAGUGACAAUGGCAUGAUACCAGAAUGCCAGACAACCAAAGAAUCCUCUGGAAUGCCGCCUCGUUUUCUUUUCAAGGUUGAAACGAUGCAUGAUUUUGAUGCAGCAAACCCAGAUGAACUGGAGCUGAAGAAAGGGGACAUUGUUUUGGUAGUACCUACAGAGCUGUCUGAAGAUCAGGAUGCUGGUUGGCUCACUGGCAUCAAAGAGAGUGAGUGGUUACUGCUGGGUGCCUCGGCUCAGAAAGGACUGUUUCCUGAAAACUUUACACAGCGUCUGGAUUAAAUGACAUCGGUGUGUUGUGAGAAGGCAUAUGGAUCUGGACGUUUGCAGACAGACCCACCCACCAUGAAGUCUGGUGUACUGAUGACAACUGUCAAUCAGACUGGGCAGGAAAUAACACACUCAACAAAAUGAAGCAAGUGGAGACACAAAUACUUACUCAGAGCAUAAAGAAAAUAACCAAGCAUGACGUGAUAAUAUGGUCAACCUUUAUCGCAAAACCCAGAUAUACCUGUUUUUGUUUGUUUCCCUGUGAGCAGCAACGAAUUGAUGUAUGCUUUGUUGGAACUCUGGUGACCGCCACAUGUAAUCCCUGUCUGUUUAAAGAAGAACUAAAGUGAAAGUUUACUCCCUAAAGACAAAAAAUACCUUACCCUCUCUGCACCAAGUGUAUUGUAUUGACUUUGUUGCUCUGCAGCGAAUUUUAUCAGAAUUUGUAGUGAUAUAAUCUAUUUAACCAUUCUAAGUGUUACACAGGACUUAGGUGUUUUCUUUAAGAUAUUUCAGAUUUAAAUGUUACAUUGCAUCAUUGUUAGUGUUCUCUGUAGUUUCGCGGCUGGCCGUACGCGGCUAUGGUGGUGGUAUUUGGCAUAUUUGAUAUUGACGUUGUUACGGACAAGACUUUCAGUGUUUAUGCCAAAUUAAUCGAAAUCCUGAUGAAUAUGGAUAUCUGGUGAGUUUACAGCAUGAGAAAUGUUCUGAGAAGAAAUCUAAAAUAAUGCACCGGGCAAAUACAGCUUCACAAAACACAAAAUGUAGCUCCCUGUAAGUACUGAUAUGAUGUCAUAUUCACAAAUACAUAAAUACAGAACUUAUCCUUGAAUGGAUAUGGAAAUAUUAAUUUGUGAAUGAUGUUUUAUGUUUGGAGAAAUUGUAUUUAUUCAACUUAUAUUUUUAUGCUAAUGAUCAGUGGGAGAGUUGGGGUGGGAAAUCUAAAAAAAGAAAACUGCAAUAUAUGUGAUAGAGUAAUCAUGUUUUCAUCAUUUGGUUCUGAGACAAGAACAGCAUCACUCCUGUGUUUGUAUUGUUAGCCUCACUGUAGAGCAUUCUGUGAUUUACAUAUCUGUACUAAUUUACCUAUAAAGUGAAUAAAGAAUAGUUUGUA